UCGGUAGAUACGUUGUGCCCUCGUUACGGUCCCUCGGGGUUCUAGGGUUUCUCUCUCUCCCGUUUGAAGCAGGAGCGCAUUCUCUCUCUCUCCUUCUCCGUCGCUCCUGCCAUCUUCCUUCAAUCUCUCCCCUCGCAGCUGUUCUUCUCUUCAUCUUCAAUCAACUUAAUUUUCUCUCUCUCCCUACAGAUCUCGUUUUUCCCCUCUGGCUACGUGGUCGGUUUUCCUCGAAUUCGUCUCUUCUGGGGGUGGAAUUAGUUGAAUUUACCCGGGUUUUUUCCGCCUUGUUGGUGUUGAGAUCCAAUGCAGGUCUCCGAUUCCUGUGCGGUUUCUUCUGAGGUUUUUGGGAGUGAUAAAAAGCCGGUGAAGAACGAAGAAGCUUCAUGUUUGAUCGAGGAAGCCGGCGUGGAUAGAAGCGAGAAUUGCCGUACCGGUGAUGGUAUCGGAAGUGGCGUCAGGAAUACGGAGGAUGAGUCGGUGAUUGAUGUUUCUGGUCAAAAGCUAGAGUUUCCUCUGCUGGAGAAUUCGGAGGAUUCCGUGAAGGGUUUGUACUUUUAUAGGAAUGUUUUCAGUUUGAUUCCUAAAUCAAUUGGAGGGCUUGGGAGAUUGAGGAAGUUGAAGUUUUUCGGCAACGAGAUUGAUCUCUUUCCGUCCGAGUUGGGUAAUUUGGUGGAUUUAGAGUAUCUUCAGGUGAAGAUAUCGUCUCCGGGUUUUGGCAACGGUCUGUCCUUGGACAAGCUGAAGGGUUUGAAGGAGCUGGAGCUCACUAAGGUUCCAAGACAAUCUUCGGCUUUGACCAUUUUGAGUGAGAUUUCUGGGCUCAAGUUCUUGACCAGGCUCUCUGUCUGUCACUUCUCGAUUAGAUACCUUCCUCCUGAGAUCGGCUGCCUUAAAAGUCUGGAGUAUCUGGACCUCUCGUUUAACAAGAUUAAGAGUUUGCCAAAUGAAAUAAGCCGUCUGAGUUCAUUAAUAUUCUUGAAGGUCGCUCAUAACAAGCUGGUGGAUCUACCAGCAGCUCUAUCGUUAUUGCAAAAUUUGGAAAGUCUAGACCUUUCAAACAAUCGGCUGGUGUCUAUGGAUACUCUGGAUCUAUGUUUGAUGCGUAGACUUCAAAAUUUAUAUCUACAGUAUAAUAAGUUACAGAGUUAUUGCUCGAUACCUGCUUGGAUAAACUGCAAUUUGGAAGGAAAUGUUAAAGAUGCUAGGGAUGAUGAAUGCAGCAGCUGUGCAGUUGAGAUGGAUGUCUAUGAAACCCCUUUUGAAAAUAAUGCCAUAAGCGUGCCUCAUAAAGGCUGUCAUCGUAACCCGUCAAGCAUGUCAAAUGGACUUGUUUCCAGUAAUAGAAGCUUCUCUGCUCGAAGAUCAAGUAAGAGAUGGAAGCGGAGGCAGCAUUAUUUCCAGCAAAGAGCUAGGCAAGAACGCUUGAACAACAACAGGAAGUGGAAAGGAGAGUUCCAUACUGAAGGCUUAAGUUCGAAGGUGGAUAUGGUUGAAAAAACUGGGGAGCACGACAUGACUGUUGUCCAGAAAACUGGAGAGUGCUCAGUUGAUAUCAUCUGCCUGGAUGACGAUGAUGAUAAACAACUAGAAGAUGCUGAGAAUGGAAAUUCUGUCAUUACCUCUGAAGAAGGAAAGAGCAGUUCUAAAGCUGGUUUUGUUUCUGAUGAUUGUCAAAGUUCUGAGAUCCAAUCAACAUCUAAAGGAGACAACAAUGGAUGUUGUGGUAUCAAAGCAUCUUUACCCUCUUCAGGAAGGGAUGUAGCUGCUGGUUCCGAUUAUGAUUCUUCUUCAGAGAGUAUGAAAACCAAUCACAAGUCAAAGAGGCGUCACGUGGGGGAUUUAGAUAACCCAAAACGUUCAAAAUGUCAUAGACCAACCGCUGAUAGUGCCAAGUUAUCACACAAGUAUAGCAGCACUUCAUUUUGCAGCCGUGAGGAUCAUCUUCCUGACGGCUUUUUUGAUGCUGGACGUGAUCGGCCCUUUAUGACUCUUUGUAAGUAUGAGGAAGUUUUGCCCCUUGAUUCACGCGAAGUCAUUCUCCUGGACAGUGGAGUAGACGAAGAGUUAGAUGCGAUCACUCUCUCCGCCCGAGUGAUGGUGGUUCAAUUGAAGCAGUUGAACUGUUUAGCCAAAGAUGCGAAUGGGAUCCUCAUUGGUAACCUACAGAUUGCAUCACUGCUGGCGCUUUUCGUAUCAGAUCAUUUUGGGGGCAGUGACAGAAGUUCAUUUCUCGAAAGAACCCGGAAGGCGAUGUCUGGUACAAAUUACCAGAAACCCUUUAUUUGCACCUGUUCGACCGGGAACAUCGAUGAGUUGGCUGCUUUGAAGAAACAGGUUUUGAAAACGUCCGAAGACAUUAAUCUCACUGACAUAUGUGAAAAAGCCCUGCAUUCGAUUAAGUCAAGACGAAAUUCUAUUAUAGUUCCUCUUGGGAAGCUGCAAUUUGGUGUCUGUAGGCAUAGAGCCCUGCUCAUGAAGUACCUAUGCGAUCGUAUGGAGCCUCCAGUGCAAUGUGAACUUGUUAGAGGAUACCUAGAUUUUGUGCCACAUGCUUGGAACAUCAUCCCGAUAAAGAGUGGUGAUUCAUGUGUUCGUAUGGUAGUUGAUGCUUGCCGGCCUCAUGAUAUCAGGGAAGAAUCAGACCCGGAGUUUCUCUGCAGGUAUGUUCCCCUUAGUCGGCUUAGUGAAUCUAUCUGUGCGAGAACAAAUCUGGAAUCGGGAAGCUCUUUCCCUUCUCUGUCAAUAGACAACGGAGUUGAAAGAGCUAAUAGUUCCCUUAUGCGGUGCAAGCUUGGCUCCACUGAUGCGGCUGUGAAGAUGCGGACGUUAGAGGUUUCUGGAGCUUCCGAACAUGAAAUUAGGACAUUUGAGUAUAGUUGCUUGGGAGAAGUACGUAUUUUAGGUGCCCUGAAACAUGAUUGUAUCGUGGAGUUGUACGGACAUCAGAUAUCAUCAAAGUGGAUCACCUCAGAGGAUGGUAAAACACACAAACGCAUUCUGCAAUCUUCUGUACUAAUGGAACAUGUCAAAGGAGGAUCCCUGAAGAGUCACAUUGAGAAGCUCUCUGAAACCGGCGUGAAACAUAUGCCCUUGGAGCUCGCGUUAUUGGUUGCACGAGACAUCUCGGGAGCUUUAGCGGAGUUACACUCGAAGCAUAUUAUUCACCGUGACAUAAAAAGUGAGAAUGUUUUGAUAGACCUGGACGGUAAACGAGCAGAUGGAGGAGGAGAACCUGUUGUGAAGCUCUGUGAUUUCGACAGAGCAGUCCCGCUCCGUUCUUACUUGCACAGAUGUUGCAUUGCCCAUGUCGGAAUUCCACCCCCUGAUGUAUGUGUUGGCACCCCUCGGUGGAUGGCCCCCGAGGUUUUCCGGGCAAUGCACAAACGGAAAUUAUAUGGACUCGAGGUGGAUGUCUGGUCAUUCGGGUGCUUAAUCUUCGAGUUGUUAACUCUACGAGUUCCGUAUUUUGAAUCAUCUGAGCAUCAAAUUCACGAAUCUCUCCAGAAGGGGGAAAGGCCGAAACUUCCGGAGGAACUAGAGGAACUGAGCUCUGGAAAUGAACAAUCGACGUGUGAGAAGCUUGACCUAACCGAAUCUGAAAUCGAAACCAUCAAGUUUCUGAUCAACGUGUUCCGCCUCUGCACUGAGGAAUCUCCAGGAUCCCGCCCAAAGGCCGAAGACCUUCACGACAUGAUUCUUUCGCAUUGGAGAAAAAACCCAAACCAAUGAUCAAAAGGCGGCAUUUUUUUUGUUUAUCGAUCUCCAGGUACUGUUUCCAACGCGAAUCUUGAGCAUACAAUACCUUAAGUUUAACGAUUCAUUCCGAAUUUAGGAGUAGGGAAAAGAUUCCCCCAAAUCUCCGGCGGAUUAGGGUUUAUACGAAUGCGGGAGAUUUGAUUAGGGUUAGGAGUCCAUGUGUUGUCUUCUUCCGUCUUAAGAUGACAUUUGUGUAGGCUGUUGUGUUUAAGAUUCUGUCUGUAUCAUUUUUUUUUAAAUUAUUAUUAUAAUGUAAGGCUCAAAAUGCAUCCUUUCUUUUAACUCCACACAAGGAGAAGAGAAGAGAAGAGAAACUUGGUUGAUU